AUGCAAGAUACCUUAGAUGCUAAAAACAGCUAUCUUAAUUUUACUUUCUCUGAAUCCAGGAUUAAAGGAAUUUCAAAUAUAAAAAAUGCUAAUCUGCUUAAAAAUAAUUAAGCUACAAGUAUUAUGGAAUUAGAUCAAACACUUCAAGCAUUCCAUAAAGCGUCACAUGGUAAUUUGAAGAAUAUAAUCAAGAAUGCUGAAAUAUGCGCAUUAGAUCAAUAUAGUAUCCAAAACAGAUAAUAAAAUUUUGAAACUAUAACAUUAAAUAAAAACAAAUCUUAAAGUAGAGUUAGCAAAACUGAAAUUAGGAGUCUAAAUCCACUUUCAUGCAAUGAAUCUGAGAAAACAAAGUACUUUGAAAAUGAAUAGGAUAAUUUAUGUAAUUUAGAAGAUGAAUACGAAAAUGAGAGUAAUUAUCAUAAAAAUAAUUUAGAGUCAUAGUAAAGUAGCACACAGCUAUUUGCAAAUAUUAGGCAAACUAAGAUAUUUUAAUAAAUGAGAGACUAUGUACGAACUCUAAAGAAGAAUAAAAUUAUCUAAAAAUUUUGGUUUUGUUAAAUAAAUAGCAGAUGGACUCGAUAAAAGUAGCUUAAUGUUUCAUUCUUAAUGAUGAGUAUUUGUAUAAUUAGUAUUUUAUUGAUUUGCUGGGUUCUACUUUUAUUCUUUAUGUAUCGUAUUUUUGAUGACACUUACUAUCCAAAUUACUCUGAAAGUGAAAAAAAUUAACUAAUUUAUACCUUAUCCUCUUUACAAGAAUCAUUAGUUAGUCUCUUAAGAAGAACUGACCAUCUUCACCAAGUCGCCAUUAGCAUUUAUUAAUCACAAUAAAAAGGUCCCAAAAACCCUUUUUACGAUAUUAAUUUUGAUUCUCAUAUAUUAAAAGGAAAACAAAAUUACAUUUCAAUAAACUAAGAUGUGUCACCUCAAUUUAAUGAUACUUUAGGCUUUUACUUUUAAAAUGUUGAUACUCCAAUUACAUAUGAUUUUUUUUAAUGGGCUACGUUUAUAGACCAAAGAAAUUACACUCAUAUUACACCAGAAUCUUAGAAGAUUCUUGAUGACUUUGAUAUACUUAGUUAUUUCAUAAAAAACUUAAUUGCUAAUGCAAAAUUUUCAUUUUCUUACUCUUAUUAUUGUGGAUUUGAAACAGAUGAAUUAGUUGUCUAUUAUCCAGCUGGUUUAUAAAAUGCUCUCAGAGGGAAAGACAAGGUACCUGAUUUUAGUUUUCACCCAAAUUAGAGGGAUUGGUACUCCUAAAUAAUUAAAAAUAACCUAUAGUAUACAAAUCAAACUUACUUUACUCUCCCCUAUAAAGAUUAAAUAACUUAGCAAUAUAUAAUGACCAUGUCUGUUGCUCUUCGUGAUUAGGAUGGAAAAUUUUAAGGUGUUUGUGCUACUGACUAUUACUUAGAUAAAUUUGACAAAUAUAUAAAUUCAAUAGGCAUAAAUGAGUAUUCUAUUAUGGCUCUGAUAGAUGCCAGUAACGAUAAUGGUAUUAUUCUAACAUAAAACAGUAGUAUUAUUAACUUUACUCCAUAACAGUUCUUACAAUUUUCUCCCUCUUAAUGGACAGAUAUGAAAUAGCAAAUACUUUAAACAUUUAACAAUAAUACUAACAGCUUAAAUUCUUAUAGCUAUUUUUAAGACAUUUAAGGAUUUAAAGUUGCUGGUUCUGCUUUUAAAUCCAAAAAUUCAAAUGAUCAAACCUUUAUUUUAUUAGUGAAGGAAUCUACAAAUUAGUUCGAAAGACUUUACGAUACAAUAAUUUAAAGAGUUUAAGAUAAAUAUAUUAAACCGAAUAUUAACUUUAUAAUCGCAUUUCUAGUGAUAAGCUUUGCUCACAUUAUUUAUUGCUUAAUAAUGAGUUAUUAUGUUACUCAACCUUAUAGAAAAAUAAAGUAGAUAUCUAACUAAAUUACAUAGAAUUUAAAGGCAUCAAAUUAAAUAGGAUCACUUGAUUCAUACUUAAACACUUUAGAUUUUAAAAGUGAUAGAAAUUUAUAUAUUCUAGUCAAGUCUGCAAAAAAAAUGGUUUUAAAAAUAUAAAAAGCCAGUACUAAGAAAAUAAUCGAAAAUUAAAAAUAUUAUCAUGCUUAUCAUUAUGAGUAAAAUGAGUAUUUUGAUAGUCAAAUGGAGUGGAGAGAUGAAAUAGAACAGCUGGUAGAUUAUGGAUUAUCAAAAAACUUUAAUUCACUCCCUACAAACCUAGAAUUCUUCAACGAUUGUGAAUCAAAAAUCACUGAGCUCAGAGAUAACUCUCCCUUUGCUAUUGUCAACAAUAAAUAAGAAUCGCUAAAAAUUAAAUAAAAAAUACUAUCUGAAGAUUCAUUUUGCAAAUCUGUCUCUGUUCCAUACAUUGACUAAAAGUUCAUGAACCACAUCGAACAAUAUCUUCCCAAUUUCUAAAUGCCCUGA